AUGCCAACGCGCUGCUGGGUGGGCCCCCGGCGUUGCUCGGGCCUGGCCCAGAUCGACAGCUCCCAGCUGCUGGGCCUGGUGGCCAGCACCCACACCACCUUCCCAGCUGCCGCCGUGGCCUGCCACAGGCUGGGCUCUGCCUGUGCCGGCGUGACCUCCAACGGGACCACCUCCUUCUCGGUGAUCGGACAGCCCGGCGCCUACGCUCUGCCGGGCCGCGGGGUCCAGGCCUGGCUCCACCGGUGCCGCGGGGCAGGGAGGAAGCGGCGUGGGAGCCCGGAGGCCUGCAGCAGCGCGCGGGAGCGGAAGGUGCACGGCAUACUGGAGUGGGUGCCCGUGGUCAGCACUUACUACAACGUGGGCACCAGCAUCUACUACGCCUUCCAGAACUGCACGGAGCUGGCCAAGGAGCGGGGCAUCGAGGCGGCCCUGGACCUGAGCUACGACGCCCUCCUGGGGCUCUUGGGCACGGCAGGGGGCAACUUGGGCGUCGGCGUAGCUGUGGGGCUGAAGCCGGCCGUCAAACUGGGGGUGCGGUCGCUGAUCAGCUACUUCCGGCAGGUGGAGCCGGCCGACCCCCCGCCCACGAGCUCCUCCAGCCCCGUCACCACAGCCAGCUCCUUCGUGCCGCCAUCGGUCUGGGUGUGAAUAAAGCAGGGUGCUGCCCAUUCUUUGAA